AUGAGCCCCUUUCGGUUGGUGUAUGGCAAAGCUUGCCACCUACCGGUGGAAGUCAAGCAUAGAGCAUAUUGGGCCGUCAUAGAGUGCAAUCCAAGCUUGGGUUGGGCCGGAAUUGAGAGAAAGCUUCAAUUGGCGGAAUUAGAGUGUUUGAGACUAGAAGCCUAUGAGAACUCUAAACUUUACAAGGAGAAAAUGAAAGCCGUGCAUGACAAGAACACAAAAAGAAGAGAGUUUAAAGCCGGCGAUCUAAUGCUCCUUUAUAACUCAAGAUUGAGAUUAUUGCCCGGAAAACUAAGGGCAAGAUGGGAGGGACCCUAUCAAGUAGAAAAAGCAGAACCCUUUGGAGUCUGCCACUUGCGCCAUCCCUCAAGUUCCGAUAUCUUCAAGGUUUAUGGGCGCCGUCUCAAGUUGUAUCAUGGUGAGCAAAUGAAGAGUAACAAGGAGAUUGAGGUAUUCCUCUUGGAAGAUCCUCCUCUCGGCAAAGCAAAUUGA